CACAGACAUGUGACGUCACAGUGGAGCCCCGCUUCCCUUCAGCGAAAUCAGAGCGAGCGGCCCGCGCAGCUUGUCUGUCCCGCAACAUGUUCAGAGCAGCCGCCCGCCUGUCUUUCUCCGGGGUUCGGAGUUUGGCCCGUACGAAACCGAGGUGUCAAGCUCUGUUGGCGUCAAGGUGCUACUCUCAUGGGAAACAAGAGACCGACGAGGAGUUUGACGCCCGCUGGGUCACCUACUUUAACAAGCAAGACAUUGACGCAUGGGAGCUGAGAAAAGGGAUGAACACACUUAUUUGUUACGAUCUGGUACCUGAGCCCAAGAUUCUCGAGGCAGCACUGCGAGCUUGUCGGAGGUUAAACGACUUGGCCACUGCCCUCCGAAUUCUGGAAGCUGUGAAGGAAAAAGCUGGGCCACACAAAGAGAUCUACCCAUAUCUCAUUCAAGAACUGAGGCCAACUUUGGACGAACUGGGAAUCUCCACACCUGAAGAGCUCGGAAUCGACAAGUUAUAAAUGAGAUGGUGGUGCUUGUCCUCAGAUUACACAAUCGUUGUACCUACAUGUUUGCCUCAUAUGUCUAUUUAAUUUGACCUUUAUUAUGUUAUUUUGCUUGUAAAAUAUUAAUGAACCUAAUAAAGGAAAAUUUAUCUGUAA